GUUUCGGUUCAUUUCAAACUAAUAUACUUUAAUAUUUGAUAUGUGUAAGCGUGAUUAUUGUUAUAGAGUGCGUAUUAGUAAAUUUACUCGAGCUCUAAACCUUUCCUGUCUAAAUCUCUCGUCUGCCAUUGGAAAAAUGUGGAGCUGGAUGCAUGCACGCGAUUUUUUUUAGUUAAUUGUACGGAAUAAAAACACAAAUGUGCUAUACAGAAUGACAAUUUAACGUUGGCAUUUGUGUUUGCAGAUAUAUAGAGACUCAAAUUUUGUCACUGUGUCACUGCGCUUCCUGGUUUUGUCAAAGCACGAGCCUUUGUUUUGUAUCCACGUUGGUCUCACGGUUUCUUUGUUGUUUGCUCUAAAGAUCCUGCUGACAACAAUCAAUUUACACCUUUUGUAACUGGUAGCCUAUUGUUGGCACACUGAAUUGCUUUUAUGAACAUCUUGCUUUAGUUGUUUUGUCACUUUGCAGGGAAGUAAAACAAAAGAGACGAAUAGAUGCGUAUGCGGAAUAAGUUGCACUGAAUAAGUAACUUGAUUAGAUUUAUAAGUGAUUAGUGGCUUAACGUGACUAUUCGAGCUCUUAAAUGGUUGGAUUUGUUUCAGCUAUUAUUGUUUCUGGAGCCAUAAUGCUCAUGAUUAGCCUUAUCCUGUCAGGUUAACACGCGCUCGUGAACCUCCUUUGUUUGUCUGCUGUUGAUCUUCCUUCAGAUCGACCAUCCUCUGGUUUUAUUUUAUAACUUAAAACGCUUUUGUUGCAAAUUAUUUACGUUGCUGCACUGCAGAUUGAACAGUUAUAAACAUAUUUUCCGCACAUUUUACUGUGUUAUAGAUGUGUGUUGUUUCCAAUUAACUUGUCUUGUAAUUUGCGCGAGCACGUUAUGCGCUUGUUUUUGUUUACAUUAUCAUUUCUGCUAUUAACAUGACAUAUAUGUAAUAAUCUCGAGCCUUUUUCCUGCAUAUUUAUGUGAUUAACUGAUUUUAAGAUUAAAAAAAAAAAAAAAAAAAAAUUGAAUAUCUAUAGAUGUAAUGUUUACAGGUAAAGUUCUCAUUUCCACCGAGACGCGUGAACAUCGCGCGCUGAGCGAGCUUUAGUUGUCUUCAUGCACGCGCGACAGUGUUGCCAUCUCCGCUUAUUAUAAGUGACUUUGUUUUGUUUACGUAAAGUCGCUUAUAAUUAUGGUCCGUUUUGAGGGCUUGUUAUUACAGUUGCAUAUUUGAGAUUGAUAAAUGGGCUACUUGGUAUAUUCACAUCACAAUGACGUAUCAUCGACCACUAAUAGCAGCAGAUGUCAAAUAUUCCCACCUGCUGUACGAAUCCCAUUGUAUUAUGUAAUAAUUAUUAAUCGCAGAAGCCCAGUUUCUCUUUCGUCCUCAGUUUCUGCUUUUAUCAGAUUAUCUGUGUGCGUGUGUGCAUGAGUGAGAAUUAUUUAAAGGUCAGUUGUAAUAUGUGAAACAUUUAAAUUAAUGAGUACAAGGAUAUGAUUAUUGAAAAGAUUAAUUUAGCAUUGUUUUGGUUAGGUAAGUCAGAGUAUGUUACUUGUUUUAGCGAGAUCUGGCAACACAGGCGCCACAGGGGCAGACAGAGCUCGCGCGCUUUGUUGGUCGGCAUGGUUGGAGCUUCCUGUGCUAUUGCGGAAGUGACUGUUUUUCUUUUGCGUAGAGUGUUGUUGGCCCCCUCAUUAGCGCAUUAUACAGAGUUUCCUGUUAUUUUCUGAUUGUCUGUGUGAACAGAAUGUGAACUAUGGACUGAUGAUUGUCAAAAAAGAUGCCUUUUAGAAAAGCCACAUGUUAAAAUCUGCCAGUGCCUUAAACCAUUCAUCUGCAAGUGUGAAAAUACCUUUAAUUAUUAUUAUUCCUUAUAAUUUCUCCUCCCCUGCAGAAGUGGUACAGUGAUACAGUGGCAUGACAUGGCAUAUAGUACUUUGGUAACCGUGUUCAUGUACAAUGGUUUUGCAUGGCAAUCAAAGGAAGAGUUGUAGCUAAAAUUAUUGAAAUAAGUGCAACUUUCCACAAUUAAUUCACUGCUUUAGUGUUAAUUUGGCUCUGUAAGGGGGCAGUCUGGUCUGGUAAAGCAAGAUGAUUUGAAUGUUAUUCUGUAAUGGACAAUGCGUUUCCCACACUGGCAAUAGAGCUUAGCUUGGUCCUUUUGGUGCACAGGGCAACUAGCUGCCAUUUUAAACAUGCUUAAACAACUUGAAAUGUGAAUGUUAAAUAUGUGGUAUUCACUGGAGGGAAAAUCUUUAUUAUUCACACUUCAUCAGUUUCACAGGCUUAAGCUGUCAAGGGUGCAGAGGAAAUUGUUUUCUUUCGCUUUUAUCUGAUUUUAGCUGCUCUUUUGCACAUGGUAAAUAUUUUUUUGCCUUUCUAGGACUAAUUGUUCAUGCUUAAAAGAAAUAGCUAGUUCAUACAAGUUGAGCAUGGCAUUAAGAACACCAAGCACAUGGGAUUGAUUUAAUGCAUUGAAUUGAAAAUGCAUACCUUAAAUGCAAUGUAAGGCGCUUUGGAAAAGUAUCUGCUAAAUGCAUGAAUGCAAAUCAGAAAGACAGUCAUAGGGUUUUGGAAUGGCAUGAGUUGAGUAAAUGAUGAAAAUCAUGAGGAUUUUUGGGGCCUAAAGGUCGUAUUUUCUCCUGUGGUGUCUGUGUGGAGCGUACCACACAUCCACUCCACAACAACGACGGCUUUUGCUUGCAUCUUCCAGUGUUUCUUCUGUCAGCAAGUUCAGCAGAGCUGCAACUCGUCUAGUGCCAGCCCAGAGGAACCCAGUGAGGAGCACCACGACUGUGAGAUGGUAAAAAUGACAAAGUCCAAGACCUUCCAGGCCUACCUGCCCAACUGUCACCGAACUUACAGCUGCAUCCACUGCCGGGCACAUCUCGCCAAUCACGAUGAGCUCAUCUCAAAGUCAUUCCAAGGCAGCCAGGGACGAGCCUACCUCUUUAAUUCAGUUGUGAAUGUCGGUUGUGGUCCAGCAGAGGAGAGGGUUCUCCUAACAGGUUUACAUGCUGUGGCAGACAUCUACUGUGAAAACUGUAAAACCACUCUGGGCUGGAAAUACGAGCAUGCGUUUGAGAGCAGUCAGAAAUACAAAGAAGGCAAGUUCAUCAUCGAGCUGGCUCAUAUGAUCAAAGAUAAUGGCUGGGAGUGACCUCGGCCUACUUCCGCUCUGCUCAGUGACCUUUGGGCUGCUCUGUUGUGGACUUUGCCGAGUGACACCACCACACGCACACGUACACAAACAAAAAUAAAACGCACAGACACGCGCGCACACACACGCCAACGUCAACCAUGACACAUCCAGACAUCUCUACUGGGUCAUCACAAAACUCAAAGGCAGAGUGACGGAAAGCGCAUCAAAGACAUCUACGGUCACUGAAAGACUCUCUAGGACCUUUUCGGAGAUGUACAUGUCAACACUUUGGGAUCCGAACCUUCUCCCUUCCUGUUCGACUCAGUUUCCGCCCCAUUAACUGGUUUCGGUGUGCUCGGGCCCCCUCAUGUGUAACCGCUCCUCGUAAGCAGUAUCCAGAAGACAGUCUCACUUUUUUUUCAUUUAACACCCUCCACUCUUUUUGCGAAUGAGCGGGAGGCGUGCGUUUUAGUGUGCGUACUUUCUUUUUGACGGGAAUCUCGAGUCCUUUUCUGGCUGGACUGAUGUUACUGGUUAGCAUUGUUCUCCUUCUCCGAGUCCGGCCCUUUCCGACCGUCUUUCCGUUCACGUCGGGGUAGCGACCGACACGAUCGACAUACGUCAUAGGAGGUGGGGUUGGUUACGGGGUUAGGCUAUGUAGCAGUAUAUUUCGGAUGGGGUCGGGCGUUCGGCAUUGCAGUGGCAUAGCGUUUUUGUAUUUAUGAUCUCCCUUGCGUUUUAACCGUUUUAUUUCCGAAUCGAAAUGUUUUUCUUCCUCGGAUGACUUCACUGUGCAAUUCGUGGGACACUCUGGUACAGCAGUAGCGUCUGACCCCUGCAGGAGCUUUAGUUGCCUCUGGUGCUUUUGGUGAGAUUACGCAAACACCCGUCUUUGAGUUGGCAUUUGUGGCAGGUUCCAUUUUUGCAACCGCACUAUAGGCGAGAGAAAAACACAAGACAAGCGACAGCCGGUUGGAUGCACUGGACAUUAGGGGAAAACUGAAACUAGUGUCCUCCUCUGAACAAUGUUUGCAUUACGUUUUCAUCCCCCUUCACGCCAAAUGAUUUUACAAAACUAUUGUUGUUGAUAUUACAAUCAUGUGUAUGUUCAUUGCUAUGUGUAAUUUAUGUGUUAAACCACAUGUUAGGACAUGCACACGCAUGUUAGCUCUGUGUGUUUUACGCAUUAUGUUUAUGGCAUACUUGAAUGCAGUUACUUUGUUUGCACUUUGCAGAGGCCUUGUUCAUGGGUUUAGAGGCAAAAGUCUGUCCAUUGUAUGGCCUUUUUUCAUUGAUAAUAAUGGAAUGAUUGUAUUAGAUGCUUGGAAUGGUUUGCAAGGGUUGGGUGGUUGCUGGCUUGAUCAUCUCCCUCCAGUUUUAAACACACAAAAUCUGCUGCUUUCGCUUUCUUCCGCAGGCUGGCAGACCUGUUCGCCACGCUCGUAAUUCGUCCGAUUGGAUGCGCGCAUCAGAAACAGGUCUCAAAUUUUACAAUCGGACACCGUUCAAAGUGGCGUUACGUGAUUCUUUUGCUGCUAAUAGAGAGAAAUGCAAUCCAGAGCUUUCACUUUUUAAACCUUCUGCACUUUACCCGGACUGUCUGAGAGCAUGCGAGCCCAUGCGUUCCUUUUGUAGCUUUUCUCCACAUCUUUGCCUCUAAGCAGCAUGAAUCUUGUGCCUCUUCAAAAGAUAUAUAUAUAUAUAUAAAAAAAAAAACAAAAAAAAUCUCCCUUCUCCUGUGUUGUGCGGCGCAUGACUCUGAGAACCCAGCACAUCUACUAGAAGCUCUGCGGGAGCUCGAAAACGACACAAACUUGGAAACGAACCUCACAGAACCUCUAUCCACUCGAAAGUCUAUACCGAAGCAUAAUAUAAUCCAGUAUUUUUUCAUAGUUCUAUGUCAAAGCUAGAGAUGUUAUGAAACAGUGGUUGUAUUCUGCAAAGUAUAUUAUAAAAGGGGGCGGGGUGGUUAGAGCGGGAGGGGGCGGAGCUUGCUUCCUGUAGAAGUAAAGAGGGGCAUUUAAUGUAGAUUUCUAUCAAGUAUAAAUAUAUAUUAUGAAUAAAUAUCGAGGUUUUGUCGUGCUUAAGGGCGGGUGGGACGGCGGGCAAUAGUAGAACGAGUGGCGAACCAACCCUCAGUCGGAGUUCGUCAACGAUAAGGUCAGUCAGGUCACGUGACCUUCGAAUCAGUCAAAGACAAUGCAAACAAAAUAGUUGUAGAAAUAUCUUACUUGAAAGAUGAUACAGAGUUACAGACAAUUCAUUGUCCCUCUCACACAGUUUUGUACAUAAAGUAACAUAUUUAAGGUUUUAUACAUAUUUCUACUGGGUUAGUUUCUCUACUUCCCCGACUUGAAGCACUUUUGUUCACUGUACCUCUGGCUUUAUAUUUGUGUGCGAAUCAAUGACGACAGAGAGAGAGUGAGUUGUGUGUGUGUGUGUGUGUCUGGAUGCAUGUAUGCGUGUUCCCUAAUUUCCCUCACUUUAUUUGUAGCUGUUUUUGCUGUUGUUCACUAGUUCCUCUGUGCUGUUUCCUUUACGACACUUCUUUUGCUGUCUCACAGCGUGUUUUGAUGUGUGCUUUCUUAGCUUGAUGAUAAUGAGCUUUGUAUCUUUUGUUUUUUCUUUAAUAUUAAAGUUGAUUUUCAUCCUUCGCUAGUUUCCUGUUGAGAGCCUAAUAGCGGAAUGUCUGCUGGUCGUGUUUUAGCAUCAUGGUCAGCGGUGAGCUGGAUUCACCUGCCGAAAUUUCGCAACAGAAACAUUGGCCCAGACCGUUUUACAAAAAAAAACAGCUUUCCCUAAGACUUUCAGAAGCAGAACUAGAUCAAAGCCAGUGUCACUGUCGGUGUGCACCAAAAAAAUAUGACAUCGCUCAAACGAAACCUUUCAGCGUUGUUUUUAACAUGUGAUACCGAUCUGGAAAUCUGGUCAAACCAAAAAGUGAGUUUGUGGCCUCUCUGAAUACCAAGUGUUUUUUAGUUGUUAUUUGUCGUUUACGGCAACAUAUUCAUAUUGGCGGUAGAAUAGACUGUUUACUUUCCUUUUUUGCUGUUUCUUUUGGUGACACUGGUUUCAAACAUUUCUAGAGCUGUUAAUCUGAGAUUUGUCAUUCAAACGACAUCUAGUUUAGGCGACAGUGGUAUGCAAAGGAAACGAUUGUAUAAGUUUGCAGAGUUCUUUUCUUAGGACUGUUAAAAUAUAAGGUCUAAAGCAUGUUGUGUUUAUAAUGGCUAUAUUAAAUCGUGCCUGGUUUUCUUUCUUUUUUUUUUCUUCAAUGCAAAAAAAAAAAGCUUUUUCUUCUUUUUACUUGAUUACAUUGCUUUGCAUUCUGUCCUAGUAAAGAAAGUCACAUUUGUCUGUUUUCACUGUAUUGUAAACUAUCAGAUAUCACAAUAAAGCUUAAAUGGUA